UCUCUCUCUCUCUCCUCUCUUGCUCAACAUAAACCCAACCAGAAGCGCUUGGCUCACUUCACGUCUCUCUCUCUCUCUCUCUCUCUCACACACAAAGAGACUACUGUGGUUCACGGUCUGGUAUGUGUCUCGUGAUCAUCCAAGUUUUCUACUCAUCUUUUUCAUUUUCGUUCUCUCUCUCUGCUCUUCUCGUGUAGAAAUCAUCUGAAACCCAUCUCCCCAUAUCAUCAUCUUUACAUGGGUAUCACGAGAUUCGUCUCACAGAGCUUCCUCUGUCUACACCAUCUAUAGUUUUUCACUCUGUUUUCUCCAUAUAUAUACUUCUAAUUUUCAAAAGUUAAUGCUAAUAUUGCUCCAACCCAACUCAAUCCGUGAUUGUGGUUGAGAAAUUUCUCGACUUCUCGUGCCCUUUCUGCUUCUUGAUUCGUCGAUAAAUCACAGGAACUGCAAAACCCAUCCAGAUUCAGAGAACAGAGAGAGUUCGUGUGUGAGAAAUGGCUACUCGGAACUUGGAGAAAAUGGCUUCAAUCGAUGCGCAGUUGAGGCUAUUGGCACCUCGGAAAGUGUCUGAAGAUGACAAGUUGGUUGAGUAUGAUGCUCUGCUGUUGGAUCGGUUUCUCGAUAUUCUUCAGGACUUGCAUGGGGAGGAUAUCAGAGAAACGGUUCAAGACUGUUAUGAACUUUCAGCUGAGUAUGAAGGGAAGAAUGAACCACAGAAAUUGGAGGAGCUUGGGAAUGUGCUGACAAGUUUGGAUGCUGGGGAUUCUAUUGUAGUUGCCAAGUCUUUUUCCCACAUGCUUAACUUGGCCAACUUGGCUGAGGAGGUUCAAAUAGCUUUUCGACGGAGGAUUAAGUUAAAGAAGGGUGAUUUUGCUGAUGAGGCGUCUGCAACGACCGAGUCGGAUAUUGAAGAGACCAUCAAGAGGCUUGUGGUGCAAUUGAAGAAGUCCCCGGAAGAAGUUUUCGAUGCUUUGAAAAACCAAACCGUAGAUUUGGUCUUUACAGCACAUCCUACUCAAUCUGUCCGUAGAUCUUUGCUUCAAAAGCAUGGGAGGAUCCGAAACUGUUUGGCCCAGUUGUAUGCAAAAGACAUCACUCCUGAUGAUAAGCAUGAGCUUGAUGAAGCUCUACAAAGAGAGAUACAAGCUGCAUUUCGUACGGAUGAAAUCAGGAGGACCCCUCCAACUCCACAAGAUGAGAUGAGGGCAGGAAUGAGCUACUUCCAUGAGACAAUCUGGAAAGGAGUCCCAAAAUUUUUGCGCCGUGUUGACACAGCUUUGAAGAAUGUAGGAAUAAAUGAGCGUGUUCCUUACAACGCCCCUCUUAUUCAAUUCUCUUCUUGGAUGGGUGGAGAUCGUGAUGGAAAUCCGAGGGUAACUCCUGAAGUUACUAGGGAUGUAUGCUUAUUGGCCCGAAUGAUGGCUGCUAAUUUGUACUUUUCCCAGAUAGAAGAUCUCAUGUUCGAGAUGUCAAUGUGGCGUUGCAGUGAUGAACUUCGUGCUCGUGCAGAUGAACUUCAUCGGUCCUCAAAGAGAGACGCAAAGCACUAUAUUGAAUUUUGGAAACAGAUCCCUCCAAAUGAGCCCUAUCGUGUUAUUCUUGCUGAUGUGAGGGAUAAGCUGUAUCAUACGCGUGAACGUUCUCGACAGUUAUUGGCCAAUGGGAACUCUGAUAUUCCCGAGGAGGCGUCUUUCACUAAUGUUGAUCAGUUCCUGGAGCCUCUCGAGCUCUGUUACAGAUCACUUUGCUCUUGUGGUGAUCGGUCUAUUGCUGAUGGAAGCCUUCUUGAUUUCUUACGCCAAGUUUCCACAUUUGGGCUCUCACUUGUAAGACUUGAUAUCCGGCAAGAAUCAGACAGGCAUACUGAUGUCAUAGAUGCUAUCACAAGGCACCUGGAAAUUGGGUCCUACCGGGAAUGGUCAGAAGAACGCAGACAGCAAUGGCUCUUAGCUGAACUCAGUGGCAAGCGACCUUUGUUUGGCCCCGAUCUUCCCAAAACUGAAGAAAUUGCUGAUGUUUUGGAGACUUUCCAUGUCAUUUCUGAACUCCCUUCAGAUAACUUUGGUGCCUACAUAAUCUCAAUGGCCACUUCCCCUUCUGAUGUUCUUGCUGUUGAGCUUUUACAACGUGAGUGCCAUGUCAAGAAGCCACUGAGGGUUGUUCCAUUGUUUGAAAAACUUGCUGAUCUCGAUGCUGCACCGGCUGCUGUUGCUCGUUUAUUUUCAAUAGAUUGGUACCGAAACCGGAUUGAUGGAAAGCAAGAAGUCAUGAUUGGGUACUCAGAUUCAGGAAAGGAUGCUGGCCGUUUUUCUGCUGCUUGGCAGUUAUACAAGGCUCAAGAGGAGCUUGUAAAGGUGGCAAAACAAUAUGGGGUGAAACUUACAAUGUUUCAUGGCAGAGGGGGGACAGUUGGAAGAGGAGGAGGUCCCACCCAUCUUGCUAUAUUGUCCCAGCCUCCUGACACAAUCCAUGGGUCUUUCCGUGUGACGGUUCAAGGUGAAGUUAUUGAACAGUCAUUUGGGGAGGAGCACUUGUGUUUUAGAACUCUCCAGCGUUUCACAGCAGCUACCCUUGAGCAUGGAAUGCGUCCCCCUGUCUCACCCAAGCCAGAGUGGCGUGCACUCAUGGACGAGAUGGCAGUUGUUGCUACAGAGGAAUAUCGUUCUAUAGUUUUCCAGGAACCCCGGUUUGUUGAAUACUUCCGCCUAGCAACUCCAGAGUUAGAGUAUGGUCGUAUGAACAUUGGGAGUCGUCCAUCAAAACGGAAGCCAAGUGGUGGGAUUGAAUCACUUCGUGCAAUCCCAUGGAUCUUUGCAUGGACUCAGACAAGGUUUCAUCUCCCCGUCUGGCUUGGGUUUGGGGCUGCAUUUAAACAUAUUAUUGAGAAGGAUAUAAGAAAUCUUCAAAUGCUUAAGGAGAUGUACAGUGAGUGGCCUUUUUUCAGGGUGACAAUUGACUUGCUUGAGAUGGUCUUUGCCAAGGGAGACCCAGGAAUUGCCGCUUUGUAUGACAAGCUCCUAGUAUCGGACGAAUUGUGGCCAUUUGGACAGCGCUUAAGGACCAAUUACGAAGAAACUAAGAGCCUUCUCCUCCAGAUUGCUGGUCACAAGGAUCUCCUUGAAGGAGACCCCUACCUGAAGCAGAGACUUCGUCUCCGUGAUUCAUACAUCACCACCCUUAAUGUCUGCCAAGCCUGUACACUGAAACGGAUACGUGACCCAAGCUACGAUGUGAAGGUGAGGCCACAUCUGUCGAAGGAGAUAAUGGAAUCUAGCAAACCUGCUGCAGAGCUCGUGAAGCUUAAUCCCAAGAGCGAGUAUGCUCCUGGGCUGGAGGACACCCUCAUAUUGACUAUGAAGGGAAUUGCUGCAGGAAUGCAGAACACUGGUUAAGGCCUGGUUCCACCUCGUGAGUUGCCACAGUAGCCAUGUCUGUCAAUUAUCCGAAUAUAGUGUGAGAAAGACUUGUCUUUUUAUCAGAGAUGUGAACGAACUUCCAAUACUGCCUGCUAAGAUCUGCUUUCGUACAAUAAAUUUUGUUUGUGCCAAUCUAAAAUUUUCUACUGUUUUCUGUGUUAUAUGCAAAA